AUGGUCCCUGACCCUCGUCAUCAUCGCCGCAGAGGCUUUUAUGGUGCUGAAAACAAGGCCGCUCUCAGUCGAGAGUUCUCGUCUGGCAGCAGCGGAGAAUACCAGGACGGAGAUCCUUCUGCAAAUUCAGCUGAAGAGUCUGAAGGUUUCUCGUCUAGAGCUUCUGGUCCUGCCUCGACUGAACAACCUCUCCGUCGACGAAACCCGUCCACUUCAGGAGACUCGGGUUCAGGUUGUGAUCGACCGGAUCCCACAGAGCAACUUGCUCAAGCUUACAGGGAUCUUAUCGGCGAUCCUUACCUCGAAGACGAGGGUGAGGAAAACUUCAGCUCAGAGGUAGCAGAGGCUGCCAGUUCGAGGGUUGAAGAGCCUGCCGCGCCGCCCUCUCCUGACACCGAACCAUUUCCAGAGUUUGAAGACGUCGAUCCGGAAGAGUGGUAUUCUAGUUUUUACCCGCCUGGACAGGGCUUCCGUAUCGAUUCGUCGCCCUGUCCUCCUGGAGUUCCUUGGUUACAACCUCAACAGGAGGCUACUCCAGCGCAUAACCAGGCAUCUCAUCGCCAACCUUGCUUACUUCCCGCUCCAAAUUUCGGGUCACCUCUUCCUAUCAGAAAUCAUCGCCCUUUUUGCAGACUACAACCAAGUGAGACACGUCGACUCGCUCCGUCUCCAAAGUUCACUUACCCCGAGUCCCGUAGAGAACCGGAACAGCCUGUUGUCCGGUCUUCUGUAGCCUCUUCAUCUCCUUCGGUCUCCGCGGCAGCGUCCUAUCUGUGGGACUUCCACCCCCUUGGACGUUCCCGCCAAGGAAGUGAAUCAAAGAACAGGCUACCAGGCUCCGAACUCUGUGGAACUCCUCCUCAAUCAUCUGACCAAAGACGUCAACUUAGAGUUGGCUCAUCUCCUGCCUCUCCGUACCCUGCAUAUCGGUUCGAUACUCAUCGACGCAUUUACGAUCCCCUCAAUUUUUUCCCCUUUGAUAGUAGUGGCAGUCACGUUGACUCGUCUGGUGACCGUUCUCCUGAGCUCUCUGGAAACGAUAAAAGUCGAAAGAGUAGCUCGAAAUCCGGUACAUUCAGCCUCGCGCGUACGCUUCGAAAAGGCUCCUCUGACUCAUCGAAUACUGUUGUUCAAUCCUCAGAGCCCAAGAGGAAAAACAAAUUCAAGAGGACUGGUUCUUCCGGGUUGGCCUCGUCGAUCAAGAAACUAUUUCAUCCCGGUUCCAGGAAGAGUAGCGACGACGAAACAAUCGAGGACGCGGAUGUCCUUGGUACUGCUGAAGUAAGUUCGUCAAACGCCUCCACCAAGAGCAACCAUAAGCAAGACGACGAUUUCCCAAGUUACCACCACCCUGUCUCUGGCUGUCAAGCUCAUCGACAACCUGCGGAGCAACAAGCUACACAUUGGGCUGACGCCUCCUCUAAAGCGUGUUUUCUAAAAGCUGAAGAAAAACGCGUCAAAACCUUCAAAAAUCGUCGGUUCCAAGCACUGACUUUUCCAGAGAGUUAUCCUAGAGGAGAGUUGCCUGAAUUCCACUUUCCUCAGCAGGCUCAAACUGUCGACGUUCCAAGUUCAGAGACUGUUUCCGAAGGGCCGUCUGUGAUAAUUACCGAGCCAGAAGAGUCUCUGUCCACCCAGGUGUUUUUCCCAGGAGGCUUCUCAGUCUCUCAAAACAACCAUCUUGCGAACAUGGAUCCGUCGCGGGCAUCCCGUUUCUUGGACCCCUCGUCGGCUGUGGCGACGAUCACGAGGCAAAAGGCCGAGGCUAUCAGGCUGGCGAAGGAACAAGCGGCCGCUGUAAAGGAAAUGUGUCGACGAGCCAAGACAGAUGUCCCGCCAUACGAGUUCGAAGAGCUGAUUGGCAAAGGUGCAUAUGGACGUGUAUACAAAGGACGUCAGCUACCGUCCCGCAAUCUUGUCGCGAUCAAAGUGAUGGAGAUUGAUUCUACUGACUACAAGACCGUCCGCGACAUGAAAGAUGAGUCGAUCAAAGACUUCAUUCACGAGAUCAAAGUCAUGAACCAGGCAAAGGAGGCGGGUGCUAAAAACAUUAAUAUGCUUAUCGAAGCGAUUUCCAUACACUCGCAGUUGUGGGUGGUCUGUGAAUACUGCCCCGGUGGAAGCGUCAAGACUCUGAUGCGAGCCACUGGUGAUAAACUCGAGGAGAAGUUUAUUAUUCCAAUCGCCAGAGAGCUGGCAGUGGGAUUGAAAGCAAUCCACGACGCUGGCAUUAUCCACCGGGACGUCAAAGCUGCCAACAUCCUCAUUCAUGAGGAAGGGCGCCUACAGAUCUGCGAUUUCGGUGUGGCUGGUAUCCUUCAAUCUAAGCUUGAUAAACGCUCAACUUGGAUUGGAACUCCCCACUGGAUGCCGCCAGAGAUGUUUUCGAACCGCGGAGGAGAGGCUCACAAGUACGGCAGUGAGCUUGAUGUGUGGGCCUAUGGCUGCACCCUCUUUGAGUGCGCAACGGGCAAUCCGCCCAAUGCGGGAUUGCGAGAGCGGAUGCAGAUCGGACGACAGCUCACUCGAGUCACGCCGAAGCUAGAGGGUGACGAAUUCAGCCAAGGGCUGAAGGAUCUGGUGUCAUAUUCUCUUAAUUCCGACCCGGCGACGCGCCCGACGAUGGGCAAUAUCCUGGAGCAUCCGUAUAUCGCGAAUUCAGAAGAGGCGUAUCCUACGUCGUCGCUGAGUGAGCUGGUACGGAUCUACUACCAAUGGACUCAACGGGGUGGUCAGCGAAUCUCCCUGUUCAACCCAGGAGGAGCCGCGGCUGCGGAGAUUCCAGGUGACAAUCCAGAUCUGGAUGAGGAUUGGAAUUUCAGCACUACGGACGGGUUCGAACGCCGGUUCUCGAUCAUCGAUCUUGACCAGGUGUCCGCUACCCUAGCCGAAUUGGAAGGAGGGCAAACUCCAAGUACCGCCCAGCCCGAGCACAAGCCCCCGGAGGAAACUCGGAGUAUAGAGAUGACGCCCUUGGAGAAGGCCAAUUUCGACGAACGUGUCAAGAGAGGAGCCGCCGCUAUGGAAGGACUUUUCGAUGAGGACAAGCCGACGUACAAGUACGAGACGAAAAAUGACUUCGUGCCCAUCGAGCAGAAGCCGGGAUAUUCGGAUCUUCCGCUGCGAACUGUCACGGACAGGUCAUCUGUCGCGUCGACAUUUAUUGACAUCAACCUGGGCUCUUUUGACUCGUCGCAUUAUGCUGCUGGUUCAGCGUCGAACACACCGUUCCAGCUAGCUGACGCCGAUACCAUCCGCGCGAAUCGCUCCAGUCUGCGAUCGAACCGCAAUUCAAGCGAAGAGCGCUCACGGCCACGCAGUGAGUCUGAAGACUCGUUCUAUCAGCCGCCCAGCGGGCCCCGUCCUCCUACGAUGGAUUGGAAGUUUCCUACGAUGAUGCAGCCGUCAGAGGAUGACGAAGAGCCUAAAGGAACAGAAACGUACGGCCAAACUGAGAGGCGGGCAACUAGAGACUGGAAAUUCCCGGUCAUGACACCGGACGCGGAUGACUCGCAAGAUACGACCACUGACGACGCCAUUUCUGAGACCAUCCGACCAUCCCACACUCAACCGCCGACCACGAGCUUUUCUCAUGGAGGCAACAAGUCCAUCGACAGUGCUGGGGAAUCGCGUCCUUCUACGGCUACAUCUACGGUUUCUACCACAUCUGAGUACGAUCCGUUCCGAUUUGACAGGCCUCCAACACCGCCUACACGAUCGUCCUCGUUGCAUAGAACUGUCUAUGACACCGCCGCACCGAAUCUGGCGGAGUCUAGAUAUUCCGACGAGUCGUCUGUUCUGGAGGGACCAGGCCCGGAUCAUGAAGAGCCGCAACCUGCAUGGCAAGAGAAGGAUCCUGCUGUCUCCUACAGUCAGCCAUUCCCGCCAGUUAUUUCGAAGCCAGAAGAGAGCGCCUCGACUUCACCCGUCACAACCGCUCCGUCCAUUACAUCGUCGACCACGGUCGUAGAAUCCCGCGAGUCGACGUCGACGUCGACGACUGUCAACAAAACCAACGGUCCCGCAUUCAUAUUCCCCGACGUCCAGCCUCCCAGCGCAGAGAGCCUGAUGGCGGGAGCGGACGAUUCCGUCGUGGCGGCAGAACUGGACCGGCUGCUGAGGGAUUUUAACGAUGCGUUGAACGUGACUGCCGAAGCGGUGAAAGCGACGAAUGUGAUGCCGCGGGCUCGAUAA